AGCUAAAUAAAAUAAUUAUGACAUAUUAAUUGUUAUUGUUUUGUAUUUGGUGCUAUAUUUUAUGGUUGCAGUAACAUUACCGCAUAUUUUCCGAUUGGCGUAUUAGCCGUCAGCAUCUCCCCUCGAUGAAGAUCUUUGGUAGCUUGAACAUAUGCGCUUGACAACAAGACGACAGCUACGACAGCUAGCUAGCAAGUCAUAUCUUCCUGAAACAAAUACAUUACAUUACAAAUACAGACUACGGUGACUUUUUGCGAAGUUUAGCUACUAGAACAGUGGGCUAGCCGUACCCUAACACCACGACAGGCUGAAUAUACCGCUUGUAAUGUCCAACAAUCCUAGAAAGUAACGUAAUUAUAAGCCGACUCCUGAGAUAGUUUGUAACAGUGGAGCUAAAAGUCAGUAUUGGGGGUGAUGAGUUGGUUAUGAGCGAUGGAGGACAAUCAAUGUGGGGACCUGGACUACCUCAUCCAAGAUGAAGAUACUUUCAUAGAAGGUGUCAGCAACCAAGUUUUGUUUGUGGUGGUGCUCACCAUCACCUUCCUGGCAGGGAUCCUCGCGCUGCUCUGCAGGGAAGACCAUCAGAACAUUCAUCCAGAGAAUCAGGAGCAUGUUCGAGCUGUUCGACAGCAGCUGCAAACGGAACAGGAGGAAAAUCCUCAGCCAGAAACAAGGCAGCAGUAUUACACGGACAUGUCUUGCCCUGUGUGUUUACAACAGGCCGUCCUGCCUGUCGAAACUAAUUGUGGUCAUCUUUUCUGUGGGUCAUGUAUUAUAGCCUACUGGAGGUAUGGCACCUGGUUGGGUGCCAUUAAGUGUCCCAUAUGCAGACAAAUGGUAACGCUGCUCUUCCCGCUUUUUCAUCAGCACACCACGCCUCAGAGGGUCCAGGAUGGCACAGCGGUACCUCAGCUGAUCUUAAGAGACAUCAACGAUUACAACCGACGCUUCUCAGAUCAGCCGAGAUCUCUAAUGGACCGCCUGCGAGACGUGCCAACCCUCCUCCGCCAUGCCUUCAGGGAGAUGUUCUCCAUGGGCGGCCUCUUCUGGAUGUUCCGCAUUAGAAUUAUCCUCUGCCUGGUUGGCGCCCUCACCUACCUGGCCUCGCCCCUAGACAUCCUCCCAGAGGCGCUUUUCGGCCUGCUGGGAUUCAUGGAUGACUUCUUUGUCAUCCUCCUUUUCUUUAUUUACAUCUCAAUCAUGUACCGGGAGGUGGUGACGCAGAGACUGAACGGCUAGGUCAAUGAGACACACGAAGCCUGCUUUCUUCACGCUCCAAGAUCGUUUAAGAAGGUGUAUAUAAAUUACCGAACUUGAUCAAUACUUUUGGUCCGCUCCAUGGGCUUAGAGAAAGUUGGCACCAAGAAUACUUGAUAGGCUCAUACGAAGCAAUUCAACCAACACAUGGAGGGAACACCAUUGCUUAAAGUGAUCAAAAUUCCUCUGUGUCCAAGGUUGUUAACUUACCCAACUUCAGAGAGUGCCAGGUGUGUAUUAUAGGUGGAAGGUCUUUAUUUGUACAAAUAGCGUCUGCAUAUUUGUGUUAACUUUCCCCCACCUUUAAUUAUAUCUUAGUGAAAUGAUGUACAGUGUCAGUCAUUAUGAUUAAUUGAGAAAGUGUAACACUCUUUUGACUGUCACUGUAUAGUACAGUAAACAUUGUUAUAUUAUUAUACUGGCAUAUUGUGAUGAUUUAGCAGUGUCCUAAACUCAAUUGUAUUUGUACAAAUGGGUCAAAAUGAAUGACUCGAGACUACCACUGUUUUAAUUUGGUCUACAGUGGCUAUUGGAUGACAGAGUAAAGCUAAACUGUUUCACAUUAUAAAGGAGCAACAAAGAGGCGUUUAUUAAAGAUGAGGUGAUAAUUCGUCAAAAUAAGGCUCUUUUUGGAGUAGAGGCCAUUCAAUAUUGGUAGAAAGGUGGUACUGUUAUUUGAUGGGACCUUAUUAUCGGAGCUCUUUAAUGUUAAAUUAUAUGAGAAUCUUUAAGACACCAUCAUGUGAAUCUUACAACCUGCUUGUGUGUGUGGCUGUAAUCUAAUCAAUGCAAAACAAUUAGUCAAUUUUGAUAACUGGGCUUGAAAAAAAAUUGGCACUUCAGCAAUACGCAAACAACAAUGAUUGUCUUUCUUUUAUUACAGUUAAAUAGGUCUUAAUUGAGGCAGCCAUGAAGAUUAGGCAUCUUUUCUUGGACCCUUAAAGGAAUGGGAACCCAUGAGGGAUCAUGACCCCGGAAUAUGGAUGUUGAAACUUCAUCCAUGACAUUUGUUUUCUUGAAAUAGCACGAGGGUGGAAGUUACAGUAAGAUUCCGCCUGUAUUUUUUUUUAAGUUAGUGUCACUCUCUGUUUCCAACAAAAGCAAAAAAAGUUCAACAUCUGUAAACUAGUUUGACAUGAGUCUGCCAAUUCUAUGAUUGUAAUGUGGUUGCACAAGUACAAGUACAACCACUCUGAUAGCAGUGACUAAUGAUGCAACACAUCAUUUGGUAAUCAGUCGUGAAAUAUAUG